GUUUAGUGAAGUCUUCGUCGAUAAUUGAGAAUGUGUUACGUUAUGGCUGAUGUUUUCCUGAUACCGGAUCAUGCUAGCCAAAGAUAGGGCUCCCCUAAUUGGGGAAUAGCGCCUGCGAAGUCAAGUAAAGGGCGCACUAAUAGGGAGUUUCGCAACCGCUAUAUUUCAUCACGCAACAGCCUACCUAGGUACCUAGCCAUGUAAGCUGGGUCUUACAUCUCUUCUAGAAAACAACCAUUCCCAUCAUAUUCUAUAGCAAAUCAUUAGUCAUGUCUGACACACGCCCAUCAUCCUUGGUAAAUUUCGAACUCCCACGUCGAAAGGUUUGGGAAGAGAAACAUGCCAUCGCAGCACCUAGUUACGCAUCAUUUACAUCACGAUUCGGCCACGCUUUUCCUAAACCGCAGUUCCUUGAGUCCGAUCUCGGGACUACGGCUGUAUACGUGCUUCCCCCUCCGUCGGGACAAUCAAAAAGACAUGUGGUGAUCGUCCAUGGACUGAAUACACCCGCGCUGGGGAUGUUGCCUCUCGCUAAAGAGCUACAGGCUUUGGACCAAGAUGCUCAUAUUGUCAUUUUUGACCUUUGGGGGCACGGCCUUUCCUCCACACCCUUUACAGCGCAUACACCGCACAUCUUCCACUUUCAGAUCUUUCAAGUACUAGGAUUCAUGCAAUGGACACGUGCUCACAUCGUUGGCUACUCUUUCGGCGCAUCGAUAGCUGUGAAGUUUGCGAUUCAGAAUAUUUGGGCUGCGCUGUCUGUUACGCUACUGGCACCAGCCGGAUUACUAAGAAAGGAGGGUUUCAGUAAGACGCUGCAAGAACUGCUGGAUGAUUCCAAGGGCAAAGAAGCCGAGGCGAUAGAUUCCGUGUUAUCAUUUCUCGAAGGUGGUCCACUCGUCGUACCCACGGACUGGCAAGAACGGGUCACGUCUGGUCAAGUGGUCGCUGAAGCAUUCCGGGAAUGGGAGCUGCAAGAACAUCUUGGCUACCCCCACAGCGUCCUUAGUAUGUUUCGAGAAGGCAAUACGUACGGCUGCGAGGAUUACUUCCGCCAAUUCGCGCAGCUACCACUAAAGAAGCUAGCUGUGGUCGCUGAGUUGGACUCCGUCUGCAGUAAGAGCCAGCUGAUCGAUCUUGGAUUCGACAACGUCGAGAUCGUCGAGAAGGCUGAUCAUGGUCUCGUACGUGGCGCAUCGAGCGAGGUUGCCCGUAUCGUGUACCGAUCAUGGACGCAGUAAGAGAUACCUAGUGGUACCUGGGUAGCGAGGGAAGGGGAUCCGAGAGUGUGGAUGCGUGUCCCUAGAAGGUAGUCUUGCACUUUGCCGUCCAUCGCAGUUUGGGUACGUAGGGUGGGAAUCGCACCGUUCUCCAGCCUAUUACAUCUUGCAUCAUGUAGCUAGGUAUGCAAAGGAUGUCUUGAACGGCAUUUCUCGGGCUUGGAGAUGGUUAUUAGAUAUGCACGACAUAGCCAAUCAUAAUCAGCUUGUCUGAAAUAACUACAACGAUAGUCUCACCGCCAUGACCUGCAUUGGUAGACU